UGCGCGUGGCUCUCCGCAGCUCUCGUUGCACGGCCUUGGGUUCUAACCCUUUGGCCGCUAAGACCAUGCACUGCGGCCCUAACGGGAAUGUGUAGACUGUCUGGGACCCAGUGGCUUAGGUGGUGGGGUUAUGGCCAUUCAGACUAGGAGUGGCGUGCUCCGGGCCUGGGCUGUGGCUGUGAACCAGAUUCUUAUUCCACGGCCCUGCAGGGGCCAGGCUCGAGAAAAACGAGGCCGAAUCAUCGGGGUGUGGUGACUCGGUAAUUCGUCAAAAUGACCAACACAAAGGGAAAGAGGAGAGGCACCUGCUAUAUGUUCUCUAGGCCUUUUAGAAAACAUGGAGUUGUUCCUUUGGCCACAUACAUGCGAAUCUACAAGAAAGGUGAUAUUGUAGACAUCAAGGGAAUGGGCACUGUUCAAAAAGGAAUGCCCCACAAAUGUUACCAUGGCAAACCGGGAAGGGUCUACAAUGUUACUCAGCAUGCAGUUGGCAUUGUUGUAAACAAACAAGUCAAGGGCAAGAUUCUUGCCAAGAGAAUUAAUGUUCGUAUUGAGCAUAUUAAGCACUCUAAGAGCCGAGAUAGCUUCCUGAAACGGGUGAAGGAAAAUGAUCAGAAAAAGAAGGAAGCCAAAGAGAAAGGUACCUGGGUUCAACUGAAACGCCAGCCUGCCCCACCCAGAGAAGCACACUUUGUGAGAACCAAUGGAAAGGAGCCUGAGCUGCUGGAACCCAUUCCCUAUGAAUUCAUGGCAUAA